AUGCGCAUACGGCUAAAUCAAAACAUUAGAGUAGAGAUCAAAAAGAAACUCGCGCGUCUUGUUGACAAUUUGUAUGUAUGGAUUGAGAGCAAUGUAUAUAAGAAGCGAUACCAGCAUGGCGUAUCAUCAUUAGCAGGUCCGAUUGUUCCUGGUCCUGUUGAUCCACUCAAAUACGAGAACAACGAUCUCACCACACACCAUGACUCAUCCACCUACCGAGCCACUCACGCCGAUAUAACCCCUCCGGGUACCUCUACCUCUACCUCUACAUCGACGCCCACAUCAAACAAACUCGAAUGGACCAUUCGUCAAGGUACAUCAGAAGAUGCCUCUGCGAUCUCUCAAUUGAUGAUAGAGACCUUCAGUCGAUCAUUCGGACAUUCAUGUACACCCGACGAACUUGAGAAAUACUGUCAAACGACAUUAUCGAUUGAGGGUAUAAAGAAGGAUUUAGAAAAUCCAUUAUGUACUUGGUUAUUAGCCGUUCCCCAGUCAUCUUCUCAUGAGCUGUUAGGUAUAGCUCAACUUACUCGCGAAUCAUUCGAAUCAUGUUUAACUCUACCCAAGCCAAUCGAAUUACAACGUAUUUAUUUGUCCUAUGCCGCCCACGGUACUGGUCUGGCGACGGACCUCAUCACCACAGCUGAAGAUAAGGCUAGACAAAUGGGAUUUGAAUCUAUAUGGUUAGGAGCAUGGGAGGAUAAUCGACGUGCGAAAAGGUUUUACAAUAAGAUGGGUUUCAGGGAGGUGGGCGAACAUGUUUUUGAUAUUGGGGGGAGUAAACAACGGGAUGAGAUUAUGGAGAAGUUGUUGUAG